CAGUCGGAGGGGGACGAAUGGCGGCAGCGGCAGGAACGACGGCAGCGGCGGCCUACGCCAGCCUGAAGCUGCAUAUAACACCAGAGAAAUUCUAUGUGGAAGCUUGUGAUGAUGGAGCAGAUGAUGUUCUUGCUAUUGAUAGAGUCUCCACGGAAGUCACUCUUACAGUUAAGAAAGAUGUUCCCCCUUCAGCUGUUACAAGGCCUAUAUAUGGUAUUUUGGGAACAAUCCGAUUGGUGGCAGGCACCUAUCUUAUUGUAAUAACAAAAAAGAAAAAAGUAGGUGAGAUUUUCAGUCAUGCAAUCUGGAAAGCAACAGACUUUGACAUCCUAUCCUACAAAAAGACCAUGCUGCACUUAACUGAUAUUCAGUUGCAGGACAAUAAAGUAUUUUUAUCAAUGCUUAGUCAUGUCUUGAGCGUGGAUGGAUUUUACUUCUCAACAACGUACGACCUAACACACACUCUGCAACGGUUAGCCAACACGAGCCCAGAGUUCCAGGAAAUGAGCCUCCUAGAGAGGGCAGAUCCACGGUUUGUAUGGAAUGGACAUCUUCUUAGAGAAUUUGCUGCUCAACCAGAGAUCCAUAGGUUUGCUACGCCUGUGAUGCACGGAUUUAUCACUAUGCAUUCUUGUUCUAUUAAUGGCAAGUGUUUUGACUGGCUGCUUGUUUCCAGAAGAAGCUGUUUCAGGGCUGGUGUACGCUACUAUGUAAGAGGUAUUGAUUCAGAAGGGCAUGCUGCUAACUUUGUUGAAACGGAACAAAUUGUGCAUUACAAGGGGAGCAAAGCAUCGUUUGUUCAGACCCGUGGAUCAAUUCCUUUUUUCUGGUCUCAAAGACCAAACCUCAAGUAUAAACCAAAGCCACAGAUCAGCAAGUCAGUAAAUCAUAUGGAUGGCUUCCAAAGACAUUUUGACUCACAAAUAAUUAGCUAUGGAAAGCAAAUGAUUGUCAACUUGGUUAACCAAAAAGGUUCAGAGAAGCCUCUAGAGCAAACAUUUGCGAAAAUGGUAAACAGCAUGGCAAAUGGAAUGGUCAGAUAUGUAGCAUUUGACUUCCAUAAAGAGUGCAGUCGGAUGAGGUGGGAUCGACUUCAGAUUUUGAUGGAUCAACUAGCAGAACAGCAAGAUGAAUUUAGUUAUUUUCUAGUUGAUUCCGAUGGUAAAAUUGUGACUCAGCAGGAGGGAAUAUUCCGCAGUAACUGCAUGGACUGCCUUGAUCGGACUAAUGUGAUUCAGAGCUUGUUAGCACGUCGAUCUCUUCAAGCCCAGCUUCAGAGGCUAGGUGUUCUGCAUGUUGGACAGAGAAUUGAAGAGCAAGCAGACUUUGAGAAAAUCUACAAAAACGCAUGGGCUGAUAAUGCUAAUGCUUGUGCCAAACAAUAUGCUGGAACUGGUGCCUUAAAGACAGAUUACACAAGAACUGGGAAGAGAACGCAGUGGGGCUUAAUAAUGGAUGGCUGGAACUCAUUAAUACGUUACUACAAAAAUAACUUUUCUGAUGGAUUUAGACAAGAUGCGAUUGAUCUCUUUCUUGGAAAUUAUUCAGUGGAUGAAGUAGAACCUGCUAGUCCUCUACAUGUCAAGAAAGACUGGAAGUUCUUAGCUUUGCCUAUUAUUAUGGUGGUUGCUUUCUCCAUGUGCAUUAUUUGUUUGCUAAUGGCUGGUGAUACAUGGACUGAGACACUGGCCUAUGUGCUUUUCUGGGGAAGUGCAAGCUUUGGAACUUUUGCUAUCAUCCUUUACAAUGGCAAGGAUUUUGUAGAUGCACCCAAGCUGGUCCAGAAAGAGAAGAUGGACUGAAUUUGUGUGUGUGGAAAGCGGCUUGGUACUGAGGAUUCCUCAAGCCACACUUGGAGUCUCUACUAACCUGCUUUCCACACCGAAUAGUGGUCUUUUAACAUUCUUCCUUGGCAGCGUGGGGGUGGGGAGGGGGGAGAAAAUCAUGUCCUUUGGUGGUAGCUUUCAACUGAGACUUGACUUGACAGUCUUAGUUGCAAUGGUCUUUGGAAUAUUGCAUUAGUGGAGGGGGCUCCACUCUUACUGAGGUAAUGUGAAGAUGAAAGCCAGCAUUUUGGUGUCUGGAAUGUUUUAGGGCAUAAUUGGACUGCUUAAGCUCAUAGUCCACCUGGGCUGUUUCAGCUGAAUUUUUGGUUUCUGGCUUGACAGGAGAGAGCUCUGAUGCUGUUCAUGUGUCAGAAGCCCUAGAUGUUGAAGUAUUCAUGAUGGAGCUUCUAAUCGUGGUCUCUGAACAAAUACAGCUUCAUACCAGUAAGAAGUUUAGUUCCAAGACUUACAGCUGGAUCACAUUUGUUGUGAUAAAGUCCAUGUUAAGGAGUCCUUCGUGCAUAUUUGUGUGUAGAUUCUUUUCACUAAAUAUAAAAGAUCUUUGAAUCCUAAUGCUCUACUAAAAUGAGCUUUUUGUCCUGUCUUGUUUAUCUAGGACUGAUGCAAUAUUCCACUAAUCAUUGUUUGGGUGAAAGGAUGGUGUAAUUGGAUGUUCCUGAAGUUGCAAAUAUCUUGCACUGAUUCAAUAUUACAGUCUCCAGAUGAUGAUUCAUUAGUUAGUGAGCUAAAACACAGAAUUUUCUUUCUAAAGGUGUAAAUGAAAUCAAAGAAUGUAAAAAUCCUUUGCAGUGUUUAUUGAACCUUCCUUAUGCUAAAGGUCCAAAGUAUUCCAUUAGUUUAAGAAUGGGUCACAACAUAAAAGGUGAACUUCAUAUUGUUUUGCUAGUCAGCUGCUUCUAUUCUUGGUUAUGUUGAAAUAAUUUAUGAAAGAAGGCAUAACAACCUGAGGAGAAAUCAUUUAGCCUAAACUCCAUGUUUGCACUUGGGAGCAGCAGCUUGCUUUUCAUGCAUGAUAUUGUAACACACUCAUGAGGA